CGUAAAAAAAACCCUAAAAUCGUCGUGGCCGUUUCCUCUCCGAUCUCAUCUCCAAUCUCAUCACUAAGCUCGUCGCCGUUUUCCUCUCCGAUAUCAUCUCCAAUAUCCUCUCCGAUCUCAUCAUUGUCGAGCUUGUUGUCACGAGCUACCCUUGUUUCAGGUAAUUUCUCCCUCCCUGUUUUCUAGGGUUUUCUCCAGAAAUCGAGCUCAGAUCUCGCUAACGGGAGCUUUCUAGAGUGUGUUUUCAGCAAUCAAGCCCGGAAAUUUCAUCAAUUUUGCAGCUGAUGGCUGCAUUCUCUUAAAUGUCCUAGUCUUGCGUUUGAAGGGAGUUAGUCAGAAUAUAUAAUAAAUGGCGGAAAACAGAGAUUGGAUGUAUAAUGCUCCUAGAGUGAGUGUGGAGUUCAUUAAUAAUGUCAAUGACUUUCUUGAGAGAGCAUUUGCUAAUGGAGCAGUUGGGGAUGAAAUAUGUUGCCCUUGUCGCAUUUGCUGUAAUCGAUUUUGGUAUAGUCGUGAUGUUGUUUAUGAUCACCUUAUUGUCAAAGGAUUUGUAGAGAAUUAUUAUGAUUGGUUCUUUCACGGAGAGGGUGUGUCAUCAAGGAUGGAUGUUGAUGACAAUAAUGAAGAAGUUGAUGAUGUUGCUGAUGAUGCUCAAGACAACAUGGAUGGGUUAUUGCAUGAUGUAUUUAGAGAUGUAGCAGAAGAGUCUCCAGUGAACCAAGAAGAUGACCUAAGUGACCAUGAAGAAAGGUUAACUAAGGAGGCUAAGAAAUUUUAUAAGUUAGUUGAUGAAGGUAAGCAGCAGUUGUUUCCAGGAUGUAAAACUUUUUCUAAACUCUCUUUUAUCAUCCGGUUGUAUCUUCACAAGUGCAUCCAUGGCCUAAGCAACGAGGCAUUUGAUGAUUAUCUAGCUAUAUGGAGAGAGGCAAUUCCUGAAAUAAAUCUACCAAAGUCUUAUUAUGAGGCUAAAAAAAUUGUGAUGGAUUUGGGCCUUGAUUACAAGAAGAUACAUGCUUGCCCUAAUGAUUGCAUGCUUUACCGUGGAGAAGAUGGAGAAAAAGUUGCUUGCAGUAAAUGUGGUGAAAGUAGAUGGAAGGCAAAUAAGCAGGAUGUUCCAGCCAAGGUUUUAAGAUAUUUUCCUUUAAAACCUAGAGUUCAAAGACUAUUCAUGUGUUCUCAGACUGCUGAAUCCAUGAGCUGGCAUGCAAAAGAGCGCCUCCAGGAUGGGAAUCUAAGGCACCCAGCAGAUGGCAAAGCAUGGAAGGAUUUUGAUUCCAAUCAUCCUGAUUUUGCACUAGACCCUCGUAAUGUGAGGCUGGGCUUGGCUAGUGACGGGUUUAAUCCAUUUCGGACUAUGAGCAUUUCGCAUAGCACAUGGCCGGUGAUCUUGAUAAAUUAUAAUUUACCACCCUGGAUGUCUCUAAAGCCAGAAUAUUUCAUGUUGUCUUUGCUUAUUCCAGGGCCUCAGUCCCCUGGGAAUAAUAUCGAUGUUUACUUGCAACCGUUGAUUGAUGACUUGAAAGAGUUAUGGGAAGUCGGGUUGCUUACUUAUGAUGCUUCAAGUAAACAACCAUUUUAUGUUCGUGCAGCUUUACUUUGGACUAUAAGCGACUUUCCAGUAUUUGCAAUGUUGUCCAGAUGGAGUACUAAAGGGAAGUUGGCUUGUCCUUGCUGCAACUAUGACACUUGUUCACAAUAUUUAAAAUACACAGUAGGAAAAUGUGUUACAUGGGUCAUCGUCGAUUUUUGA